CCAGGCCCGGGCCUCCUUGCUCUCCAGGGCGACUUGCCACACCACACAGCAUUUCCAGCCCCACUCCAGGGAGUGACCACUCACACGGGUGAACACCAGUCAUGCACACACUCCCACCCACUGUGGUCACAGUCUAUGUUGGUCCUUGUAACAACUGUCCUCCUCUGAUCACUGAGCCUCUGAAAGGGACCCUUCCCCUCCACUCAGAGCUGUCAUGUGGGGACCCAUCUGGUGAUUCUUCAGUCCAGACACGGCCAGGCAAAUCAAGCAUUUCUCAUGUCUUGCCACCAAACACCCAUGUGUAUCUUUUGUCUAUUAUAAAUGAGUUGAGAAUAUUUGUGAGGGUUUCAGCUCUGCUGUCAUGAAAGGAGUGGUAAUUAUCACCCCAGCUUACUCUGUCCACAGACGAGGGGAGCAGAUACUAGACAGCAGGUCAGGACCCAGUGCUGGGUCAUACCCUGCAUUUCGUUGUCAUUCUCUUUGGUUUCCUUUAAUCUGAAACCAUUCUUGAGCCUUUUCUUUUCUCUCCAUAACUUUGGACACUCUUGACACUCCUAAAGAGUACAGGUCAGUUGUUCUAUAGGCUCUCUCAGUUCACGUUUGUCUGAUAUUUUGCAAUAAUUAGAUUCAGGCAUUGCAGUUUGGCAGGAACGUUAUGUGAAUGACAUGUCCUUGGUGUACUAUAUUAGGAGGGACGUAUCCCAUCCUUGGUGAUGUAACUUUGCUCAAAGUCAUGUCCACCAGGUUGUUCCACGGGGAAGUUAUCAUUUCCCCCAUUUGUAAUUGAUCAGUAAUCUGUUGGGAAAUAUUUUGAGUGUAAAUGUCCCAUUCCUUAUCAACUUUCACCUGCUAGCUUUUACAUUCAGUGACAAUUUUUACCUGAAAUUGAUGACUUCAAUGAAUUUUUGCUACGAUGGUUGCAAAUUUUUAUCUAAUUCCAUCAUUUCUUCUGUAUUUAUUAAUAACAGUCACCUUUCUUUCCCUAUUAUCAGUAUGGACCCGUGGGUUCCGAUUAUAUUCAAUAUCUGUGCUAUAGUUGACGUUGAAUGGUCCAGUUCUCUGUUAUUUGGACGAGACUGUUGCUGUUUUGAUCCUCAAGUUGUCCCUGCUUUGGCUAGCAGAAGGUCCUUCAGGCUAACUCCUGUGUCUACAUUAUUUUGUGAGCACUUCCUUAGGUUCUGGUUAUCACAUGACAUUCCAGGCUCAUCUUGUACAAACCUAGAAUCAGCCAUUUCUCCACAGGGGCUCCCUAAAGCAGGAGAUGAUAUUGAGAAUCCAAGAUCUGGGCAGAGGUGUGCUCUUUGGAACUGCGUGUUUUUGCUUUUCAGUCCUGGCAGCAAAGAGGACUAGGAAAUAUGUACAUGUAAAUAAACACAUCUAUCUCUGUCUGUUUCUCCGAUUCCAGUGUGCCCUUCCAUUCUUUCCCAAAUCUAUAAUUAUCCUCCCUUCUCCUAUAGUCGGAACCUUGGUUCACAUCAACCUCAAAUCAUUUACUUAUUUGCCUAAUCCCACACAAAAGCAGUUUCAGAAUUGCUGUACCCACAACCAUUGUGAAAAACAAACUUGCUAAGUAGAGUUCAAGAUUUAUCAAACCUUAUUCAAGCUAAGUUUUUUGUCUUUAGACUGAAGGUCAGUGGUUAAAGCAACAGUUUGAACACAGGUUCAAAUAUUACUUGGAUUAGUUAUUUAUUUCCCUUCAUUGUGGUGGUUAUUCAUUUGGAAUGCAGGUAGGUUCAUUUGUUUCUAUAUAUAUUCACUUUUAGGGGGCUUUCUCAUCUUUGUUUAUUUUUAUUUUUUUCAACACAUAGACCAUUAAUAUGGUCCUCCAAAGUCCAGUCUGUCCAAAUCUGUGCUGGGAAGAGUGUUCUUCUCCUAGCCCUCUCACUCCAUGCUCCAUGCCUACCAGCCUGCUGGAGUUUCUGGUUUAUCCUCCCUGCAUUUCUUUUUGAAAAAAAAAAAAAAAAGUGAUAAACUACAAAAUGUUUUCACUGUUAAUUUAGUUGAACCAUUUUAGAGGGAGAAUGCACUCCCCAACCCACCAUAGUCCCCAUCCCUGCCUAUUGCCUUCCCCAGGCACCUGUUCUCAUCUGCUUUCCCAUCUAGUCCUGCUGAGUCCUCCAUAGGCCCUACAGGCCUAACUGGGCAGUGGGAAAGCCAAUGCCCUCUCCUUCCUCUGAACCAGGAUCUCAGAUUCACCUCCUAGAGGCAAAUACCCACAUCAAAGUUGUGGUCAGGUACGGGAAGUAUUGACUGUGUGGACAGAGCGUAGGAAGCAGGUGACCCAGAUUCCAGGUACAACUCAGCUGGGUAAUCUAGAACACACUCCUUCCCUCUCUGAGCACCAGUCAUCCAAAUAACAGAGAACUGGACCAGGGCUCUUCAAAUUCCUGCAGCAGGUGAGUUAAACCCAGAGAUCCAUGCCCUAUUGUCUGCCACCCAGAUCCGUGCCGGUGCGGACUGUGUGCCUGCGAGGCACAGGCACAAGCAAAGCACAGAUAGGGUCCCUGCUACCAAGGCGCUUGCAUUCUAGUAAAACAGGCUAUAAGCAGCACGUGCGUAGAUAUGAAAUACAAUUUCAAGUAGGAAAAGGGCCAGUAAGAAAAAUAAAACAGGGUUAAAGAAGUAGUGAUGAGAAAGUGAAACAAUUUUAGGAAAGAUGGUCACUGAAGGUAGAGACCUGAAUUAGGUGAGAGAGUGAGCCAUGAAGAGAUCUGGGGGAAGGGUGUUCUGACGGAAGAAACAGCACAUGCAAACUUCCUCAAGGGAAAAGGAGUUUGACAUGUGGGACCAGCACAAAGACUGCAUGGCUGGAAGUAUGGGAGGCAAGGAGGAGGAGGGUGAAGUCAGAAAGGUGAGAAGGCAAUCUCAGCACAGAGGGGCUGAGAUUCUAUUUUGAUGACAGGAAGCUCAUGGAGAGAUGAGUGCAGAAUCAUGACCUGACCUGAUUUGUCUUUAGAGAGAUCCACUUUGGCCGGCUGCAUAGAGAGCGGAUCUAUGUUGUCAGUCAAGAUCCAAUCAACAAAACACAAAUCACUCUAUGUAUUCUAGACAAGAGGAAUUUGAUACAAAGAAGGAGCUGAACUACCAGAGGGGCUGGUGAGUCAAUCCCGGGAUUAGCAACCGCAGGAAGUUGCUACCAUUCUUAGGUUGGAAGGAUAAUGGAAUUCCAAUGCCCAAGACUGGGCUCCCCCAGCAGGUGCCAGAAUCCCAGAGGGGUUCUGCCUGAAGGGAGCCAGGGCUAUGGAGGGAGAUGAAGUCUUCCACAGAGGCAGAUCUAGAGGUAGAUCCAGGCUGAGCAUGAGAGGAAAAAUACCCUGGCUUCUUCCCUCCUGCCACCCUCCAGUUCUGCUGGUAACUUCCAGUGGCUGAAUAUACCCCAAAACCAACUGACAGAGGAGCCCAGGAAAUCAAUUUCUUGGAAGGCAGAGCAGUGCUGGGGAAUAUGGGAGUGGAUCUAAGGGCAAACAGACAAAUGACCACCAUGAGGUGCAGGAACGAAGAUCAGAUCGGUGAGGAAGACGCUGCAAUGGUCCAGGUGAGGGGUGGCAGUGCCUGGGAACAUAAUGGUGGAGAGACGCGGCUGAAUUUAGACAGGUUGAUCUUUUGGAUGUGGCGUUAGUGGGAAAGGGAGGUGUAGAUGGAAACUUCUGAGACGGCAUUUACUAAGAAGGGGAAGAUUCUGUGGAGAAAGUUGCGGUCGGGGGCCAUGAGUCAGGCACUAUGUUGGGGUGUAGAACUUUUGAGAUGCCCAGUAGUUUCUGUACAGGAGUGAUGUUGAAGAGGCACCUGGGUAUCCAGACCGGGAUUCAGAGGAGAGGAAGGAGCUUCAGACACAAAGGCAAGCUAUCAGGGUAUAGAUGGGGUUUUGCCAUGGGACUGGGCGACAUGACCGCAUUGGAGUCACACGUCUUUCCCUGAGCCAAUACCUUGUUCGGGGGGUGCCAUACCAUAGCUAGGGCUGGGUUUUUGUGCCUGCAGUAUGACAUGAAAGGUUAGGAUCUUACCCAGACCACAGGUCCUGAGAGUUGGGGAAGGUAGCUUCCUAAAGAAAAUUCAGGGUGUUCUUAGCAGAAGCGAACUCAUUUGCUAACAGCAAAAACAACCAAAAAAAGCUUUUAGUUACCCCUAAGGCUUCCUCUCAUUAAUUCCACAGUGUCUUGAAGCACCUAUUCUGUGCCAAGCUAAUACCAGCAGAGCAACCUACUAUGUGCCAAGUCCUGUGCUUCCCCCUCACUUUACCUAGAGAACUAGCCCUCCUGAGGACCAGAGGGUACUUAGGCGUCUCCCAGCUCUUGCGUCCCUGGUACCUCAGUUUCCCCUCAGUACCAAGGCUGAAUGAUCCAGUUACCCUCAUUGAGGGGGAUGGCAUAAGAGAGCAGAUUUUCUGCCUGGAAAAGACAGAAUAGGACCUGGCUGACUCCAAAGCCUACACUCUAACGUCCUCAGUCUGCACCCCAGCCUAUGAUUGCUCCGGGCCCCCCUCCCCAGGCCCCCCCAGCAUUUCCACAGCACAGCCUCCAGCCUCCAGCUGGCAGCUGCUAGGACCCAGGGGGCCGGUGCCAGGCCCUGCCCCUCCCUUGCCAGCUCUGUGUGUCUCCAAAGGGCAGCAUCAGAGUGACAGCCGGUACCAUCUCCAGCAGGGGCUGAGUCGCUGAUGUGGAAGAGAGAGCCACAGUCCCCGGCCUGCACCCUUCCAUGGGGCCAGCCAAGCCCCCAGAAGGAUGGCAGCCCGGGCGUCUGAGCCAGCGCCUGGGCAGCCUGUGAGCACAGAGCGAAGCCUAAGCGCUCGGAUGGCCAACGCCACAGGUCUGAGCGCCCCAGAAGUCGCAGCCUCGAUGGGGUUGAUCCUGGCGGCUCUUGUGGAGGCUGCGGCACUGCUAGGCAACGGCGCGCUGCUGGUGGUGGUGUUGCGCACGCCGGGACUGCGCGACGCUCUCUACCUCGUGCACCUGUGCGUCGUGGACCUGCUGGCGGCCGCCUCCAUCAUGCCGCUGGGCCUGCUGGCCGCUCCGCCGCCGGGGCUGGGCCGCGUGCGCCUGGGCCCCGCACCCUGCCGCGCGGCGCGCUUCCUCUCGGCGGCGCUGCUGCCCGCCUGCACGCUCGGCGUGGCAGCGCUCGGCCUGGCGCGCUACCGCCUCAUAGUUCAUCCGCUGCGGCCCGGCGCGCGACCUCCGCCCACCCUAGUGCUCACGGCCGUGUGGGCAGCCGCAGGGCUGCUGGGCGCGCUCUCCUUGCUCGGGCCGCCGCCCGCACCGCCCCCGGCCCCGGCUCGCUGCUCGGUCCUGGCGGGAGGCCUCGGGCCCUUCCGGCCGCUCUGGGCGCUGCUGGCCUUCGCGCUACCCGCCCUCCUGCUGCUCGGCGCCUACGGCAGCAUCUUCCUCGUGGCGCGCCGGGCCGCCCUGCGGCCCCCACGACCCGCACGCGGGUCCCGGCCGCGCUCCGACUCUCUGGACAGUCGCCUCUCCAUCUUGCCGCCCCUCCGGCCUCGCCCGCCGUGGGGCAAAGCAGCCCUGGCUCCGGCGCUGGCCGUGGGCCAGUUCGCAGCCUGCUGGCUGCCUUACGGCUGUGCGUGCUUGGCGCCUGCUGCCCAGGCCGCAGCGGCCGAGGCGGCCGUCACCUGGAUAGCCUACUCGGCCUUCGCGGCUCACCCCUUCCUGUACGGCCUGCUGCAGCGCCCUGUACGCCGGACGCUGGGCCGCCUUGCCCGCCGAGCGCUGCCGCGGUCCCCCCGAGCCUGCACUUCGCGGGCCUGGCACCCGCGGGCCCUCCUGCAGCACCUCCAGAGACCUCCAGAGGGCCCUGCCCUUGGCCCUUCUGAGGCACCUGAUCAAGGCCGGGAUUUGACAGAAAGGGAAAGCCUGAGCAUGUCAGAGGCCACGUGAGAGAUGUCUCCCAGGUGAGCCGGGACUGGAGAAAGCAGGGUGGUGUCGGAAAGGGCCCGUCCAGCCUCCAGCACAGCUUGUGGCAGGUGCCCUGCCUGGAGUUCUGACCCUGGAAUGGGAGAAAGGGGGCCUGUAGCCUGGUGAGGCCCAGAUUCUUCUGGGAGCAAUCCUGAGUUCAGGGCCCAACUCUGCAUGGCCUUGUACACACACCUACCCUUCCCUAGGCCUCAGUUUUCCCAUCUGUACCCGGGACUAUGUCUAAGGGCUCCUCCAGCUUGAGUGAUCUGGACACUCACAGAUGGUCCCCAGGCCAAGGAAGAAGCGGAGGUGGGCAGGAUCACAGAGAAGAGGGCCCUAAGGGCUCACAGCCAAAGGGAGUGGGCCAAGCAGGGCAGGGUCUGGGUUACAGCCACAGCAGGAAGAACGAGUGGAGGGACAUUCGGAAAGACCUCUGCGACAUAUGCACCAAGAAGAAGCUGGACAGAACUACUGAGACUCCUCCAUCAGCUUCUAAAAAUGCCCAGAAAAAAACUGGAUCAUUUUGGUGCCAGAGACAGGAGGCUGGACAACAUGACCCCCAAAGAGC